AAAAAAAAAACAAUUACGAUUAGAAAAAAGAAAAAAGAUCGUGAAAGAAAAGAAACAGGAUUGAUACUAACUGAAAGACUGUUGUUGGAGAAUGGCGUACAGCUGGGAUAAUCGAGUAGAUUUCAUUGUAAGAUUUCUUUACGACACAGAUAACAAUGGCAUAUUGGAAAAACACGAUUUUGAGUGCAUGGCUCUUAAGAUGACUCUGAUCGAGGGAAAAGGAGAAUUUAGUUACAAUCGAUAUCAAGAGAAUUUACACAUCAUGCUUUCGUUGUGGGAAGAAAUCGCCGAGCUCGCCGAUUUCAACAAAGAUGACAUUGUAACUAUCGAAGAGUUCAAGGAAGCGGUACAGAGAAGUUGUGUCGGACGAGAAUAUCAAGAUUUUCCACAAGCAAUGAAAAUGUUUAUCGAUAGUCAUUUUAAGAUAGUAGAUUUGAAUGACGACGGUGUAAUUGCUGCCGAUGAAUUUCGUUACAAUUGUGUAACAAGAAUUCCUGUGGAUAACGUAAAUAUUUUGGAUGAGGCUUAUCAAAAUCUUCUUAAUGACGACGACCGGAGACGUGGAGGAUUAACUUUAUCGCGUUAUCAAGAACUUUACGCUCAAUUUCUUGGUAAUCCGGAUGAAAAUUGUCCAGCAGUUCAUUUGUUUGGUCCUCUACAUGCAAUGGGUUAACAUUGAUAUUACAUGAUAUAAUUCUUAUAUGCACAUAAAAAAGACAAUCCAGUUGUAUUUAAUACAUAUAAUUGUUAUUUAAUUUAUGUAAGAUGACUCGUAUAAUAAAUUCUCUAUUUUAUUGUAA